CUUCAAUUGACAAACUGCACGUGUCAUUCAUCGUUAUUCUAAAAUAACUUAGACGAAAUUACCUGACUUAUAACCUGAUCCAUAUGCGUUCAUCCAAGAGAGAGAGAGAGAAAAGAAAAGAAAAGAAAAGGCAUUUUUUCGUCAUAUUUUCACUAACCAUUUGAAUACCUAAUCUGAAUAACUAUCAGUAUCUAGACUCUAAACUUAGUACAGCCAGCCCUUUGCCAUGUCUAGUAGCUUCGCAAGCAACGUCCAGGCUAAAGCCCAAGAGGUGGCGAAAGAAGACUACGAGAAGGCCAAAGUCCUCCUGUCAGAAGCUGCGAAGAGCGGAUCUUACCUCUAUCCUUUCAAGGGUAUUGUCUAUUUUGUGACGCAUAAAUCAUUAUGGAAACCUUUCUACUCCCGCAUACUGCCCACUUUGGGGCUUACAGCAGGAGUUACCGCAUCUAUGUUCUUCUUGACUUACCUUCCACAGCUAGCCAUUCUCGUCUUUGUAAACGGGCCCUUAGCUGUAUUUACGACCGUGCUUCUCAUUCUCAACGAGAGCUCUACCAUUGUAAACCUCAUUUCCCGUAAUUUCCUUUUACAAGAUGCGCUGCUCGACACUUUCGAUGGCACGCUUGUCGCCAAGGGUGCUGUCGGUAUCGUUAGCGAGGGAAGGCAAUUAAAAUCUGGCCAAGAUCCGAUUGCGAGAUUGGGCAAGAUUCUCAAGAAUCCAUUCUCAAAGUUCACUCCAAAGGCCCUGGUCAGAUACGUUAUAUAUCUUCCGCUUAACUUCAUUCCUAUUGUUGGCACUGCUAUAUUUAUCAUUCUCCAAGGCCGGACAAGAGGUAGCUCUGUUCAUGACCGGUAUUUUCAACUGAAAGGAUGGACUUCGUCUCAACAACGGGAUUGGCUUGAACGCCAUGCCGGUCCAUACGCAACCUUCGGGACUAUCGCAACUCUCCUUGAGAUGAUACCUAUAGUAUCGAUGUUUUUUACAUUUACAAACACCGUGGGCGCUGCACUCUGGGCAGCGGACAUCGAGCAGAGAAACACUCAGAUGACACGAGGCACUGCCCCUCAACUGCGGGAGUCUGCGAAGAAGGCCGAGUAGGGUAGUACUAAAGAUGCACAAGACCGACCCCUCCGAGAUUAAGUGCAUCGAAGAUCCUGCACAGCAAUGCAUAACCGGCCUGCAUCUCGGUAAGACUUUGACUAAGUCUCGGGGUACGCAGCUUGUGUUUCUUGUUACCAUUCUGGGGACAGGGGAAUAGGAAAUGAUCAAUAGGCUCGUUAAAUUUAAGGAUUUCAGUUUGGUAAACGAACUCCGUAGGAUAUUCAAUGGACAUUGAGAAUUCGGAAUUACACAUGUGGUGCAUCUGUGCCUCAGGCCUGUGCAUGCAGGUAUCACGCAAAGCGGCACCGUAAUUCGGAAAUGGUACUGACCAUAUCUCAUCGAAUUGGCUGUUGUCUAGGUAGGUAGGUAUCUUUCUGUGCCAUCAUCCCGGAGAUGUCCCUUAGUCCUAGAGCUACUUAGAGUGGAUAGACGUUCUUCCCAGUUUUAAAUG